AUGUGCGGGGUCAUCGGACGCUGCAUCGGCGGGCAAGGAACCGCCUGCAAAUGGAUGAACCUGCGGACCUUCAUGCUCUUCUGGCUCUUCGUUUAUGGUAUCGUCGCGGCGUUCGAGCUCGUGGCGGGGUCGUAUCUGUCCUCCCUGCGCGGCAUAGUGGAUGAAAUCCUCGACAAACUCCGCCUUAUAGCCAACUCGGGGGAACACGAGGGCGUGGGAGAUUACUACUACGACAUCCUCCGGGCGUCCUUCGCGACCUUGUGGAAAACAGGAACGAUUCUCACAGCCACUCGAGGCUGCAUUGACGUCGUCGCGGGCGUGCUGGGCGCGUACGGCAUGUGGAAGGGCCGGCGCGGCCUGCUGUACACGUUCCUGGCCGUCAACGUUAUCAACUUCUUCAUCGACUUUGUGCUUUUCCUGGCCUCCAUGAUUCUCAUCAACACGCUCUACAUCACUUGGUUCUACCCCAUCGCCUCUGUCGUCCCCUUCGCCCUUUACGGAUGGUUGGCGUUGGCAGGGCCCUACGUCUCGACUUUGAUUCUCAGCUACAUCUGGGUUGUCGAGGUCGGCGGCAACGGCUCAGAGGGGAAGGCCUACUACGAGCUGGAAGAAGAGAAAAAAAAAACGGGAACAGAGUCACCAGCAAUGCGGUUUCUUCUUGCAUUGGCUGCGUGUCUCGUGCGCGAAGACGAAAAGACUGGCGGCGCGGAAGACACCGGGGCGAUGACGGACGCUGGAGAAGAUGCCCCAGAAGAGAAGCCUCUGCUGAAGACGGCGAACGCGGAGAAGGACAUCGAGGCCGCCACGGGGGCGGCGUGA